UCAAAAAAUUUUAUCACCCCGAAAAUAAUCGUAAACAAAUUAAUAAAAUAUUUUUAAGAAAAAUGUCUACUUUGUUUUCUAAAGUUGUUAAACAAGCGGUUAUAACUUUUGAUCGCAAAAACUCUUCCAAAUUGAAAACAAAUUUUAAUGUACUAAAAGAAUUAGUAGACCAAUUGAGUAUUUCAGAUGUAGGACUUGAUAGCGAUUUAGUUACAGAAGAAAGUUUUGACAAACCAUUAAAAGCACCGUGCACAUUUGUUGAUAUAUUUGAAAAUAGUCGAAUAAAGAUGUCAGUGUUUAUCUUACGAGGUGAUUAUAAAAUGCCACUUCAUGAUCAUCCAGUUAUGCAUGGUAUAUUAAAAGUUUUAUCCGGAAAAGUUAUAGUACAGAGUUAUAGUAAAAUUGCUAAAAAUAGCGAUAUUGAUCCAUUGUAUGACAUAAACACAUUUCAAAUUGAUGUUAUAAAAGAAAAUCCAUUAAUAAUAGAUUCUGAUUCAAAAUGUGCAGUUUUAACGCCAACUGAAAAAAAUUUCCAUGAAAUAACUGCUAUUGAAAAUGUUGCAGCUUUCUUUGAUAUAUUGAGUCCACCAUAUGACGCUAAUAUACCAAUAUAUGGACCACGUCCAUGUAGUUUUUAUAGAAAAAAAUCACUUGAAAAUGAAAACGAUCACAGGUGUACUUUAGAAAAAAUUCCAUGUCCAAGAAGUUAUUAUUGUGAUGAAAGUCAAUAUAAGAAACCAUCAUUUUUAUAUGAUUACAUGGGUAAUUCUAGUAAAUCAAAUACAAAUCACUAAAUUUUAUGUAAAUAGUCACUUUUUAUUUAUGUUUAAAAUUAGAUUCAUUAUAAUUACAUAAAAAAUUUAGAAUAUAUCGUAAUAUUUAUAUAUUUAUUAGUUUACUGAAAAGAAAAAAGCAUCUGAUUAAAUAUGUAUAAUUGUUAUACAUAGUAAUUUAUUAUUGAAUAUUUCAUUGAAAACAGUGUUUUAUGUAAAUAUU